AUGUUCAGCAAACUCAACUUCCUUGUAAGGUCAGCGCCUGGUUUUAUCAGCCACCAGCCUCUCCGAUGGAUCUCAGUGGUCAGUAGCGUCAGCAAAUAUGAGGUGAAAUCAUUUGAAGAGAUCCCAGGACCUAAAGGACUUUACAACGUUCCGUACAUAGGGCCUGCCCUUUUUUUCAAACCGUUCGGUAAAUUUACAACCCAGACCAUUGACAAAUUGUUUGAAAGCCUACAUGACAAGUACGGGCCAGUGGUUCGUGUCCAGCUUGAUUACCCAUACGUAAUGGUUGAGAACCUCAAAGAUAUCGAGGCUGUCUUCAGAAACGAGGGCAAAUAUCCUUUCAGAAAUUCGACUGAUAUUUUCAAAGUUGUUUAUGAGAGAAAUGGAUACAAACCGGCGCUGAGUCAUACCCAAGGAGAAGAGUGGCAUGCCCUGAGAACUCCAGUCAACAAAAGACUAAUGAAAGCUGACUCGGCCUAUCAUUACCUGGUCCCACAGAACGCCGUAGCUGAUGAUUUUGUCAACAUUUUGGCCACACAAAAUUUAACACCGGCUGAAAUAAACGAUCUUUUCUUUCACUAUACUUCUGAAAGCAUUGGCGUGGUGGCCUUCAAUGACAGACUUGGCUUCUUGGAUCGGUGUUUAGACAAAGAGAAGUCAGAAUUUCUUGCAGCCACGAAAGAUUUUUUCUCAGUCAUAGCUGCAGGGUUAAGUGGCAAAAUUAUGACGUACAAGUGGUAUAAGAGCCGGGUAUACAGAAAGAUGGAUAACUGCUUGCGGACAAUAAGAGAAAACUCAAGAAAGCAUAUUUCAAAAGCGCGCGAAACAAUUGAGCAACGAAAACGGGAAGGAACUUUUCAUCCAGAAGAACCAAAUCUACUUCUCUCCCUUGUAGCAGAAGAAGCACUUGACGAUGAAGACGUCAGUAACAUACUGGACGCUCUUUACUUGGCUGGUACUGACUCUACAGCGAAAUCACUUCAAGUUUUCUUCUACAACCUGGCUAAAAACCCAGACAAACAGGAAAUUCUUAGAAAAGAAAUUUUGGAUGUUAUUGGAGACUCGGGUGUUGUGAAUGCUAAAGCCUUGUCAGGGAUGCACUACUUAAAGCACUGUCUUAAGGAAUCAUUCCGAUUAAACUACCCAACACCCUCGGGUACCGUAAGAACUUUACCCAACGACAUUGUCGUCAGUGGCUACAGGGUUCCAGCUGGGACCACGUUCCUUUUAAGCAACAAAAGAGCCUGUAGGAUUUAUUUUGAAGACCCAGACAAUUUUAUCCCAGAGAGAUGGACAAGAGCAGACGAUGGUCAUAAACAUGAAAACACAAACUGCAUGGCGGUUUUACCGUUUGGCUACGGGCCGCGGAAUUGUGUUGGUCAACGGUUUGCUGUUCAGGAAAUUUAUCUGGCGACAGUUAAAGUUCUCCAGAAGCUGAAGAUAGAUUUAGAACCAGAGUCCUGGAAUACAGAAUUCAUCUACACAGCUUUCAUUGAAUCAAAGCAUCCAAUCAGAUUUAAGUUCACAAAAAUUUAA